AUGUCUGGGGGAGAAACUUUUCUUUUUACUUCAGAGUCCGUAGGCGAGGGCCAUCCUGACAAAAUUGCCGACCAAGUUUCCGAUGCUAUUUUGGACGCAUGUCUUAAAGCGGAUCCUUUUUCCAAAGUCGCGUGUGAGACUGCCACAAAAACUGGCUUGAUUUUUGUAUUCGGUGAAAUCACUACUUCGGCUACUCUAGAUUAUCAAAAAAUUGUCCGUGACACUGUUCGGCGCAUAGGUUAUGAUGAUUCCUCAAAAGGAUUUGAUUAUAAAACAUGUAAUGUUCUUGUUGCUAUUGAACAACAAUCUCCUGAUAUCGCUCAAGGCCUUACUCAAAAAAGUCGCCAACUCGAAGAUAUCGGUGCUGGGGACCAAGGUAUCAUGUUUGGCUAUGCAACUGACGAAACUCCAGAAUAUAUGCCACUUACUCUUGUACUUUCUCACAAACUUAAUAAGAAAAUGGCUGAUCUUCGUAGAGAUGGCACUCUUGCCUGGCUUCGUCCAGAUUCUAAAACUCAAGUAACCGUACGCUAUAGAAACGAUAAUGGUGCUUUGAUCCCUCUCGAAGUUGAUACUAUUGUCAUAUCUGUUCAACAUUCUCCUGAUAUUACAACUGAAAAGCUUAGACAAUUAGUAAAAGAAUAUGUUAUUGAUACUGUUAUACCUUCCAAGUACCUAACAGAGAGAACUAUUUAUCAUAUACAACCUUCUGGAUUAUUCAUUAUUGGUGGUCCUCAAGGUGAUGCCGGAUUGACUGGUCGUAAAAUUAUUGUUGACACUUAUGGUGGUCAUGGUGCGCAUGGCGGUGGUGCCUUUUCUGGCAAAGAUUGGUCUAAAGUUGAUCGUUCUGCCGCUUAUACUGCUCGUUGGAUCGCGAAAUCCCUCGUUCAUGCCAAACUUGCGCGCCGUGCUCUUGUUCAACUUUCUUAUGCUAUUGGCGUAUCUGAGCCUCUUUCUAUUUUUGUUGACACUUAUGGUACCUCAACAAAGACUAACGCCGAACUACUAAAGAUCAUUCAAGAAAACUUUGAUUUAAAGCCUGGUAUUAUUGUACAACAACUUGGUCUUCACAAGCCAGAUGGCUGGUGUUAUGAACAAACUGCUUCGUAUGGUCAUUUUGGUCGUGAAGAGUUUCCUUGGGAAAAAGUCAAAAAUCUCAAGAUCUGA